CUUCCACCUGAUUCCGCUCCAAGCUGUUUCAUGGGCUGCCCAAAUAUUCCAAAGCACAUAUUUUAAACUAAAUUUGACAUGCAAUGCUAACAUUUGCAGGUUCAAAAUAAGAAGGCUGUAUCUAACACUCAACGCAAGUGACCUUCAGUUGCAUUAAUCAAUAUGAAUAAACUUAGGGCAACGAACAUUUGCGGCUAUGCGGUUCAUGCUGCUUUUCAGCCGGCAGGGGAAGCUACGGCUCCAGAAGUGGUACACAGCCACGGCGGAACGAGACAAAAAGAAGAUGGUCCGGGAGCUCAUGCAAGUGGUGCUCGCCAGAAAACCCAAGAUGUGCAGCUUCUUAGAGUGGAGGGACCUGAAGAUUGUAUACAAGAGGUAUGCUAGCCUAUAUUUCUGUUGUGCUGUGGAAGAGCAGGACAAUGAGCUCAUUACCCUGGAGGUCAUCCACCGUUUUGUGGAGCUGCUGGAUAAGUACUUUGGCAGCGUGUGUGAGCUGGAUAUCAUAUUUAACUUUGAGAAGGCCUACUUUAUCCUAGAUGAGUUUCUGAUGGGAGGAGAAAUACAGGACACCUCCAAAAAGAGUGUGCUUAAGGCUAUCGAACAAGCAGACCUUCUACAAGAGGAGGACGAGUCCCCCAGGAGUGUGCUGGAGGAGAUGGGUCUGGCAUAAUUCUGCCUGCAACACAAGGGUACACACAGAGGACUUGAAGCGUCACUGCUGAACACGAGAGGACUGAGACUCUGUCACGAGGACAGAGAGAGAUGGGGAGGUUAACAUUGGAGUGUGUGGAGAGAGAGAGGGGGGAAAGGGAGGGGGUGUUGGGGCAGGGGAGGGGAAGGGAGGGGAGGGUUGGAGUGAUUGUAAUUAGGCUCUUCUGAUGCUACUGAGUUGGGCAUGUGAUUGUAUUUUCAGCCUUUUGUCUUCAUCCUGCUCUGCCUUGGGCGAGACAGCGUUGUGUCUGUGAAAUCAUGAUGUUGCCCAUAUCCCCAAGAGCCACUUUUGAUUAAAAUACUUUCUCGGAAAUGCUCUUAUCAUACCUCCAAAUCUGUUAGAGUUUUUUUUUUUUUUUAAUGUGUUAUUUAAAGAGAUAGACGGUGAAAACAUUAUUGUCUGUAAGAAUCAGUUGUAAAACUCAACAGCAACAAAAUGCUGCAUGCUCCACCAACGCAUCUGCAGAAGGCGAGCUACCCGCUUGUAUUUCCCAGGUCACCACCUACAGUUUGUUACAAUGAGUCAUAAUUGAUAAUAAAGAUUGUAAUUUUCACCGCCUCUCAGGAAAGAAAUCGAAAUGCUACAUGCUCCUCAUAUUUUAAAUGAAACCGCAUUUUAUUUUGGCCAUCUUUUCACAUGGACAGACAGGUGAUAUUUGAACAGUUUAUAGUAAUUUUGGACCAGGUUUGAGCCAGCUGCCAUUCUGUCUGCUUCUGAGCUUUGCGAGGGAUGUAAUCUCUUGUUUUUCAUCUUGGCAUUUCCAUGUUAUCAUUGAAAUGCUCCGUUUCCUUAAGAUGUCCUGCUGAUGUUCUCUUGAAAGGGAUGGACUGUUCUUAGCAGUGCACUACUGAAAUAAAUAAGAGGACUUAUUUCCAACGUGAAACAUUCAUUUCAGAGAUGUAUUUUUCCUCCAGUGUAGAAGGAUACAAAAGGAGGCUUAAUAGAGAAAAAGGGAAUAAUUCUAUGUGACACUGAAUAGUUUAAUAUUGAGUGUGUUGUUAUCAGAAUCUAUCCAUUAAAUACUAUAGUAAUUUCCAAAUAAAAUUUUAAAGCUUUAAAAACGAAAACCCUCUGAAUAUUUUGAGUACAGUUUCAGAGCAGUUUUUUGUCCCCCGGAUGAAAUUAUGAAGAUAGUGAUUCAGCAUGUUGGCAUGUGUUGUCAGUUUGCAAUCAGCUAAAUCAAGUGUGUGUGUGUGUGUGAGUGAGAUUUUAUAAGGAAAUAAACCAUACUUCCGAUGUAA